AAGGAAGUGGUUUAAACUCCAGGAUGAACCGAAGCCUUCCCUGCAGGCUUUUAAAAGAUACUUUGAACACGACGUUUCCAGCUCUUGAACUCGAAGGGCUGCUUAGAAGAUCCUUGCUGCUGCUUUUGGAAUCUCUUAGGGAAGUUUCUUUUUACCGAUUUUUUUCAAAGGAUAUUUUUUUGCGCAUCAUGAGCUUCUAAAAAUAUUUUAUCCUCUGGUUUUCCUACACGUUGUUCUCUUAACCCACAACAGACAUUUAAGAAUUUCUGAGGCCACAACUUAGUCAAAAUUUUUAAAAAUACAGCACAGAAUUCUUUCUUCUCCACAGUCUACUAAAGAUUCUCAGAUUUGGGUCCUGGUUGGUGACAUUCAAGAGAGGCCUCAUUCUGAACGAUGUUUGCACUGUGUGGAAGGAAGGCAAGCUGGCAGAAGUGUUUUUCUAGGAAGUUGCGAACUCUCUUUCCUUUGACUUUGAAAAUAUCUGAUUACUUGGGCCAAGUGCUGGCUGUGAAGGGUUUUCUUGUAUCCUGCUCACUUAUGAAAAUUUGAUAUGGUGCUCACAGCGUGAAAAACAAGUCAGAUGGAAAUGGUUACUGUGAAAAGUGUUCCCUAGUUUGUGUACAACUUAAAAGAAAAUGCUAGUUAGGCCUGUCUGUUAUUCAGACCUGAGGUGAAUAAAUACUUGUUAUGCCCCCAUUAUUUUGACCUGAGUUUUUAUUUGGAAAAUUAAGUGUUUAGGAAGGUAACACCUAAACUUGCUAGCUAAUUCCUCCCACGCUAGAAAAGUGUCUCCCCUCUUGAUUUAGUUCCAAGCCCAGCUCUUACCAGUGGUUGACUGAUUUUGUUGAAGAUUUGAGGUCAUUGUAGAACAGGGAGUUUUCUUUUCAUGGAUAUUUUUGCAUUGAAAGAUUUCAAUGACGGUGUUUUGUUUUUCUGUUUCUUUUCCUUUUUUUUUGGCCUUUUGGUAGAAAUGUUUAAAUAUGUGCAGUGGAACUGAAUUUCCUUUAUCUCUCAUUUUUAUAGAUGUUUUAUUUUAGAAAUUGAGUAGAUGGCAGCUAAUCUUUGUAGGUUGCCAUGGAGAUGCUGUGUCAUUUCAGGAGUAUCUCUUUACCACCCCCAAGAAACUACUCAAUGCUGAAGCCCUUCAAAGUGAUAGCGGAGACUUUGGAAGCACCAUGGAUGGGUUUUGUGAUCAGCAAGUCCCUUUUAUGGUCCCAGGGAAAUCUCGAUCAGAGGACUGUCGAGGGCGACCUUUGAUUGACAGAAAGAGGAAGUUUGUGGACACAGAUCUGGCUCACGAUUCUGAAGAGUUGUUUCAGGAUCUUAGCCAGCUGCAGGAGGCUUGGUUAGCUGAAGCACAAGUUCCUGAUGAUGAGCAGUUUGUCCCAGAUUUUCAGUCUGAUAACUUGGUGCUUCAUGCUCCACCUCCCACCAAGAUCAAACGGGAGCUGCACAGCCCCUCCUCCGAGUUGUCGUCCUGUAGCCACGAGCAGGCUCUUGGUGCUAAGUAUGGAGAAAAGUGCCUCUACAACUAUUGUGCCUACGAUAGGAAGCCUCCCUCUGGGUUCAAGCCAUUAACCCCGCCCGCCACUCCUCUGUCACCCACCCAUCAGAAUUCCCUAUUUCCCCCACCUCAGGCAACUCUGCCCACCUCAGGUCUCACCCCUGGAGCUGGCCCAGUUCAAGGGGUGGGUCCUGCCCCGACUCCUCACUCACUUCCAGAACCUGGAUCACAGCAACAAACAUUUGCGGUCCCCCGGCCACCACAUCAGCCCCUGCAAAUGCCAAAGAUGAUGCCUGAAAGCCAGUAUCCAUCAGAACAGAGAUUUCAGCGACAGCUGUCUGAGCCCAGCCAUCCCUUCCCUCCUCAGUCAGGAGUUCCUGGAGAUAGUCGCCCCAGCUACCACCGGCAGAUGUCAGAGCCCAUUGUCCCCGCAGCUCCGCCACCCCUUCAGGGAUUCAAGCAGGAAUACCAUGACCCACUGUAUGAACAUGGGGUCCCUGGGAUGCCUGGUCCUCCAGCACAUGGGUUCCAGUCACCCAUGGGGAUCAAGCAGGAGCCCCGAGAUUACUGUGCUGACUCAGAAGUGCCUAACUGCCAGUCAUCCUACAUGAGAGGCGGGUAUUUCUCCAGCAGCCAUGAAGGAUUCCCGUAUGAGAAGGACCCCAGGCUGUACUUUGAUGAUACUUGCGUGGUACCCGAGAGACUGGAAGGCAAAGUCAAGCAGGAGCCCACCAUGUAUCGAGAGGGGCCUCCUUAUCAGAGACGAGGCUCUCUGCAGCUGUGGCAGUUCCUUGUCACCCUCCUGGAUGACCCAGCCAAUGCCCACUUCAUCGCCUGGACUGGCCGAGGCAUGGAAUUUAAGCUCAUAGAACCGGAAGAGGUUGCUCGCCGUUGGGGUAUCCAGAAGAAUCGGCCAGCCAUGAACUAUGACAAGCUGAGCCGCUCUCUCCGCUAUUACUAUGAAAAGGGCAUCAUGCAGAAGGUGGCUGGGGAACGCUACGUCUACAAAUUUGUGUGUGACCCGGAUGCACUCUUCUCUAUGGCCUUCCCGGACAAUCAGCGCCCGUUCCUGAAGGCAGAAUCCGAAUGCCCCCUCAAUGAGGAGGACACGCUGCCUCUGACUCACUUUGAAGACAACCCUGCUUACCUCCUGGACAUGGAUCGCUGCAGCAGCCUCCCCUACACCGAAGGCUUCGCUUACUAAGUUUCUGAAUGGCCGAGUAGCCACACCCUAGAGCUAGCAGUCCUCAUCCAGGCAACCGAGGGCAGUGGUUUUGUUUGUGUUCUUGGCUGUUCCUAAAGCUUGCCCUUUGAGUAUUAUCAGGAGAACCCAAGCUGUCUCUGGAUUCGACACCCUUUAAGACAAAUACCUUGGCUCGGGAGGAGUGGGAACAGGGAGAGACAAAAACCACCACUUCCUGGGGAGACGUGGAUACCGUCCUCCUUGCCACCAUGGCCAGUAUGUGCAGAGCAGUACUGCAGUGUGUUCAGGGUUAGCGCCCAUGAAAGGGGACCGAGUGUAUGACAAUCUGCGUUGAUCAUGGACUACUAAAAUGCCUUCACACAGGAGGCUUUGACUUGCACAAUUCUUUGGGAAGAAACUGCACACCCAUAGGACAGUCGAUAAGGCUGAGUCGGGGAGGCUCAGACCAUUGAGGCUUGAAAUUGCAAAACUCUUGUAGCUCAUUCUGAAAUCUUUCCCCUGUAGUCCAGAACUGGGGAGGCCAGGAGAGCCGUUACUCACUCCAUGGCUCUCAGACCGCGUUCCUCUUUGGCCUUCCUUCCAGCCGAGCCGUCACCAUAAGUAAAUCAAGUCCCUUCCUCCCAGUCACACGGCUGAGCGCAGACGGCUUGUUUUAAAAAGAUGAUGAACAUGACAGUAUUUUGUUUUGCUUUGAUUUGGGGGGGAAGGGUUCAUCUUGCUUUUGGAGGUUGUUUUGGGGAAAAAACAGUUUAUAUAAACUGAUUUUUGUAGUUUUGGUAUUUAAAGCAAAAACAAACAAAAAACAAACCCCUUUUUGGUACCUGCACUGCAUCCCUCGGGUGGGGCAGUGCCUACUUUGGAAGAUGCUGCAGCCUGCGAGGGGAUCUGCUGGGGCUUCCCCUUCGCCACACAGAAGCCUGCUUAGUGCUUUCUGCACCAGACAACCUGUUGAGGCGUAUAACCUGAUCUGUACAUUUUUUUAAGUGUGCAGGGCAGCCUGGACACAGCUUAGCGUUCUACGUGUAUAGUUCUCCAUGCUCACUAACUCUCCUUCUCUGGGAAGCAGAUGUACAUACUACAUACAUGUCACAUACUACAUACAUGUCAUGUACUACACACAUGUCAUAUAGUACAUACAUGUCAUGUCCAUUUAACGACUGGUCACCUGCUGGGGACCCAGGCAUCUGCCUUGUUUUCCUUUUUCUUUCAGUUUUGGACUUUGGACCCUGCACAGCCGUUCCCCAGGGUCUGAAACUUACCUGUCACGCACAGGUAGAGCAGUGCUAGCUAGCAUUACUGGCUUCCUGCUACUUUUUCGUUUUUUUAAAUUUUUUAUUCUGAUUGCUGUAUUAUAUUGGGGAUGUUCUAAACAACCAAACUAAAGCUGUGUACAGAUUGGGUUUGGAGCGGUGGGGACGUCAGCAGGAAACGCCAGUGCUUUGCUGCCUGAUUGACAGGAAUUUGCUGUCCUUGACACUCCACACAUUGUGUUCCUCACGUGUGGGACAGGACACAGAGCUGACUGAGCGUGGGACACUCCACAGCCUUCUCAUGACUUGUGAAGGAGGUUCACAGGAACGAGGGGUAUGUUUUAGAGCUAUGAGAACCUAGUCAGCCCACAGAGGCGUCAAACCUGAAGCUUGGGCCUUAAUUAGCAUUGUACUCUGAUGAAAGGACUCUUUCAUAAGCAUAUUUAUAGCUUUCUAAUCUAUACACAGUCUAUCCAUAGAUGCAUAUUUUACCCCAACUGGCUAGAGAUUUAUUUGUUGUAAAUGCUGUAUAGAUUUUGGGUUUUUUUUUUUUGUUCUUCCUCUCUUCACUUAUACUGGUGUGGGGUUUGUUUUAGUUUUCUUUAGUGAAUUUAUGCUGUUUUGGGGGGCGGAUUGAGAAGAAUCUUCCGUAGCCUGAGCUGUCCCUCCUGUUUUGACGGCACAUGUGCCAGUCAAGGGACAUGGGACAGUCGCGCCACUUUGCAUUCCCACGGGACUCAUGUACCUCCCGCAGAGCCGUCCCCGUCAAGGUGUGGGGCUCCUUUCAUGCAUUUGCUUCUUUUCCAGAGUGUGGAUUUGAACUACUUCCCCCUGCAAAGGGCCGCGUGCACCCUGCCGAGCUGCGUAUAUUCUGUACUGUGUACAAUAAAGAAGAUUGCUUUCCUUA